AUGCAAUGCCAACUCUUUGGCUGAUUCUUUCUUUAGCAAAGCAGGUAGCCACAUUUGGCCGUAGACUAUUUGGUCAAUUUGCUAGUUGAGUUAAUAAAAUCUCUGACCCAUAAAAAAAAGUUAUAAAAAGAAAAGAGAACCGGACCAUUUUUAUUUUUGUUGACAUCAAACCGGACCAUUGGUGAAAACCCCCAAAUCGAAUUCCAGAAUCAUCGUCUCCAUCGUAAUCGACUCAAAUCAGGCAACGGUUACCUCCGCGUCGAAUUUCAGCGACCACCCAUUUCUGGGAAGGGAAAAAGCUGCGCAAUUUGUGGAUUUCUUUCUCAGAAAAUGUCGUUAGGGCAAAAGAGUUCGACGGAUCCUGGUGCGAUGCUCACUUCUCUUCUGAACAAGCGAGAGAAGCUUCGCCAAGAGUUACGAAGCAUCGAGAAACAGGUUUAUGAAUUGGAGACAAGCUAUCUUCAAGAAUCGAGUCAUAUUGGAAAUGCUUUGAAAGGCUUUGAAGGGUUUUUGUCUUCCUCCAAGAGUACUGCUAGUGCUAAAAGGUCAAGGAAGUUUCAGCCUGAAGACAGAGUCUUCUCAUUGUCCUCAGUUACAUCACCAGCUGUAUGUUUUAGACAAUUUUUAUCACCUUCUUUCAUAUGCAAAGACGUUUUUUGUUUUGUUGUGUUGGUUUGCAAUAGAAUCAACUGCCGAAAGAACAUAUGGUUCCCUUUCUAGUAGGUAGUUUGGUUUGAGAAUCAGUGUCUUUAGAUAUGGUUGAAUACUACAUGGCAAAUAUCUCUAACAGAUUCAAACAAGUGUGAAAGCUGAAUCUAUGAUUGUGAAAGAGCUAGAGUUCUGUGACUAUAUGUCUUGUCUUGUGACUGUCGUUUGUUAGUUUAUUACUCGGCCUUCUUUAGAAAAAAGGUUUGAGAAUAUAGUUUCUUUAGAUAUGGUUGAUUACUACAUGGCUAAUAUCUCUAGCAGCUUCAAACUUAAGUGAAAGCUGAAUCUAUGAUGUCAAAUAGCUAGAGACUGGAGUUCUUUGAAAUGCCUGUGUCUUUUCUUGUGACUGUCAUUUGUUAGUUUAUUACUCUGCCUUCAUUAGAGAGAAAGGUUUUUAGACUGGUAUGUUGAUCUUCCCUGAAAUGUAUUCAGGCUGAAGAACUUGGUGUUGGAAGAGAAGGUAAGCCCUGCAGCAAACAACUACACUGAAUUCACUUUUGCAAAUCUUGGAUCAGUUUUUACACACUUUAUCUCUGUAUGAUAUAGAUGGACGAGCUGAAUUAGGGCCAGGGCGAUCCAAGGGUGGUUUGUCGACACAGUUAGUUUCCCGACCUAGCUUACUUUACCUCGGGAAAGCCGAAGAAAGGGAGAGGACAAUCAAUAAUAGCAAGAGAGGCAAAGAGAAGCAGACCAUCUACAGAACCAGAUUAUGAAGAUGAAGAUGAUCCUGAUAUGAAUAUGUAUGGCCAUGGUUCACUCAUCUAAGGCAUUUUCUGUUUUGGUGCCAGAAACAGUAAGAAAACAAAUAAUUUUGUAACCUUUUUUGUGCAUCCUAGAACAAAACUGAAUCUAUCUAAGUAAUCUAGGAAUUAAUCUGCCAGCUUUAUAUCAUCCAUUAUUAUGAAGUUGCAGUGAGGCUUUUAUCAAAUAUCUUAAGCUAUGUCUAGAAAAAGUGAAAAACUAUAUGAUCAUAUGAGUUUAUAGUACCUUUUUAAUUACAUGAUGUGAGAGUGGAAUUAGUUGGCAUGUAUCAUCAUGAUUCAUUAUUUGUGAUGGAAGCUUAAAUUAGAAUUUGUUCUUCUGGGUCCAACUUAGUC